AUGAAAGACUCCUUAACUGAGGACAUCACUGCUGACUAUGACAAGAGCGAUAUGGUCUGGGUCAUGGUCAGUGGUAUUCUUGUCUGGAUUAUGAUUCCCGGCGUUGGUUUGUUGUAUUCUGGUUUGUCCAGAAAGAAGCAUGCUCUUUCUCUUUUGUGGGCUUCCUUGAUGGCCAUCUGUUUAGUGAGUUUCCAGUGGUUCUUCUGGGGUUACUCUUUAACCUUCGGUACUGGUUCUUCUGUCUUCUUGGGUUCUCUCGAUAACUUCUGUUUGAUGGAGGUCUUGGGAGACAACAACGCUGCUGCUGCUCUUCCUGAUAUUGUCUUCUGCUUUUUCCAAGGUAUGUUCGCCAUGAUUACCGGAUGCAUCAUGCUCGGUGGUGCUUGCGAGAGAGCUAGACUGGGACCUAUGAUGGUGUUCUUGUUCUGCUGGAUGACCGUUGUCUACUGCCCAGUUGCUAUGUGGACAUGGAACGCCAACGGAUGGCUUGCUACCCUGGGUGCUUACGACUUUGCUGGCGGAGGACCAGUCCACCAAGCUUCGGGUUUCGGUGCCCUUGCUUACGCCCUGAUUUGCGGUAAGAGACACGACCCUGUUGCUGGCUCCGGCUUGCCAAAGUACAGACCUCACUCUGUCACCAGUGUUGUUUUGGGAACUGUGUUCCUGUGGUUCGGAUGGUUUGGAUUCAACGGUGGAUCCUCGGGAGAUGCCACCGUCAGAGGUUUCUACGCCUGUGUGAACACCAACUUGGCUGCUGCUUGUGGUGGUCUUGCUUGGAUGUUCCUUGACUACUUCAGAUGUGGCCGCAAAUGGACCACUGUCGGAAUGUGCUCAGGUGCUGUUGCCGGUCUGGUUGGUAUUACCCCAGCUGCCGGUUUCGUCCCAGUCUACUUCGCCGUUCCAAUCGGUGUCUUGACCGCCUUUGCCUGUAACUUCUCCGUCGACAUCAAGAACCUCAUUGGUAUUGACGAUGGUUUGGACGUCUGGUGUCUCCACGGUGUGGGAGGAUUCACUGGUUCUGUUUUGACUGGUCUUUUCGCUGCCGACUACAUCAUUGCUACUGACUUCAGUGCCAGCGGUGCUGGUGGAUGGCUCAACCACCACUACAAGCAGCUCGGAUACCAAUUGGCUGCUUGCUGUGCUAUCGACCUGUGGUCUUUCGUUGUCACCUCCAUCUUGUUGCUUGUCUUGAACAGAAUUCCAUUCUUCAAGAUCAGAUUGAGUGAGGAAGAGGAGGAACUUGGAACCGAUGCUGCGCAGAUCGGUGAGUUCACUUACCAAGAUUCCAGAGUGUACAUUCCAGAACCAGUCAGAUCUAUCAAGAGCAUUUCUGGUGCUAAAACUUCCAAGUCCAACGAACUUGACGCCGACGCCGUCCCAUACCCAAAGGACGAGGAGAAAGUUGACGUUUAA